GUGAGGGUGUGCCCCGGCGGUUGCCAACAGCAGAACUGAGCAAAAUACCAGAAAAUGCGUCACACAAAGUGCAGAGCUCUUUACCGCCAAAUUCAAGCAUCGGCGAAGACAUGUGAAUGGCGAAAAUAGCACUUGCCAUGCUGAGCGUUGCCAGACAGUAGAAAUACAAUUGGGUUUGCAGCUGCGAAUUGGUCGCUUACCAACACUUCAAAAUGCCGAGUCAGCUGCUCUCAAUUUAGUCAAGUAAUUUUACCUACAUUUUUGUAAAUUUUAUUAAAUACGUGCAAUAGUUUUAAGAAAUGAAUUUGUAAUUCGAACGUGCAGUACUGAUCAACUCCUAACAAUAGGUGUUGAGCCGAUAAUCGUUUUAAUUUUAAAUGCAACGCGGCCUUUUGGCCAAUAAAAUGCCAUCACUUUGUUUGUUGUUGUCCCCUGUUGUUGCCAAGGAAACGAAAAACGCAAACACAACAAGUUACGUCGCAGCACGGUCGAUCUUUUGUAUGUGUGUGUGUAUGUGUGUAUGUGUGUGGGCUCCACACUUCCUUCCGGUCUAAUUUUGGUACCAAAUGAAGGAUAUCGCACACAAAAUAAACGCUAACUUCAAUAUUUAUUAUUUCACAAAAAAUUAAAAUAAAAUAAAAUGACCAAAAAAGUGCAACAAAUUUUAUCUUAAAAUGCAAUUUACUGUCCAGGAUACCGACAAGUGUGCGGGAUGAUAUUACGCAUUUGAUAUGCUGUUAGGAACGUAAGCAACUAAAUACAUUUAUACACCGCAAUUGCCUUAAACCGAUUGAGAGAGAGAGAGAGAGAGGAGAUCAACUGCUGACUAGUCAACGAAUUUCGCAUCGAAAGUGCAACUAACUGGCCUUUUAACUUAACCAAGCGACUUGUAGAGAGCUACACCUGGCACCUAAACCCACUUAAAGCUUAGAUUGUAGAGCAAUUAGCAAAUGAAAUGAGCACACGCCUGGCCACCCAGCGUCAAUUCAUCAUCACGACGAGCGCUGCCAUCGAGGCAGCCACAAUUGAUGCCAACCAAACGGAUCCCAAGGACCAGCAGCAGCAUCAACAGCAGCAGCAACAUCAACAGCUUGCGACCAAAGCCACUGGUGAUGUCCUAACAAUUGAGCCAAGAACGCCCGUGACACCCACAACUCAUGCUGAGGAGUUUGAGUUCUGCACCGAGGAUGGCGUUGUUGUGGCUGCCACCUUGGAGGAUGUCAUGACACAGAACUGUCAGCUCUUGCAAAAGAAACUGAGAGACGGCAUUGAGGAUGAUGCCACAACGACCACUGAUCAGCUGGAGGUCAUACGCGUUGUGCUGCCCAUGGAUACGAGCGACUCGAGCCAGGAGGCGCACCUGCAUGCCCAUGUCCAUGCCGUGAACAGCGUCAGCAGCAGCGAAGCCAACGCAACGGACCCAACCAACAGCACAACGACCAUACACACUCUUCCCGGUCUGAGUACCAUCAAGAGUGGCGUCGACCUGGCCCAGCAAGUGGCCAACGGGCAGUUGACCGUGGUGCAGGCCACCGAGGAUGAUGAGGGCACACCGUUCAUUACGGUGACCGUUUCCGGUCAGGAACAAAAUUAUCAAGUGCAAUAUGUUGACUCGGAGCUGUACCACAGCAAUUCCAGCCAGACUCAAAUGACAUACCCGUUCUGCCCGGUGGGCGAUUAUCAGGGCAAUGGCCAGACCUAUUAUUCCACCACGGCAGCGACGGGCAAUUAUACGACUGCGACGGCGGGCAGCACAGGCAACGCGCACUCGACGUCACUGCCGUACUUGGUGCCCGUGGACGAUAGCCUCCUGUUGAAUGGGUCUUCGCAGUCGCACAGCCGGGACUCGCCGCACAGCCUGACGGUGAGUACAAAAGUGAAAAAUCAAAGCAAAACAAAACAAAUAAAAGAGCGUGUGACAUUGACUAUCAAUUGGGCCUGCCUGCAGCAUGAGGUUGCCUACAUACAGGAGGCGCAGAGCACACCACAGACGCCCACCUCUACAACAACUACGAACUCGGCCAGCGGCGGCAGCAUCGGCAACGGCGUCGAUGGGGCGUCGCCUGACAGUGACCAGAGCGCAAUGGGCACCAGCAAUAAAAUUGCCUCGGCAACGAUUAAGUGGCUGUCGCGCAACUACGAGACAGCCGACGGAGUCAGUCUGCCACGCUCCACACUGUACAACCACUACAUGCAGCACUGCAACGAGCAGAAGCUGGAGCCAGUGAAUGCAGCCAGCUUCGGCAAGCUAAUACGCUCUGUGUUCUCCGGCCUGCGCACACGUCGCUUGGGCACACGCGGCAACUCUAAGUACCAUUAUUAUGGUAUUCGCAUUAAGCCGGGCUCGCUGCUAAUCCAUCAAUCCAUGGAGGACAAAUCUAUGCAGGGAUAUGGCACCUCGCCUGGCAAUGGCGCCAUCGCCAAUGUCAGCAGCAGCAAUGCAGGCCAGCUGGGCAGCUCCAAUGGCAGCAAUGGCAUGUCGACAUCUGCUGGCCAGCGCACAGCUGGCGUCAAGAAGCACAAUUUCAAGCCGGAAACCUACGAGGCUUGUAUACAGUAUAUUGGCGACGGUGCCGGCGCUAUGCCCGUAUUUCCGCCCAUCGAACUGAGCCACAGCUUUCACAGUGAACUCACCCUGGACGACGUGGACACGUUCCGAGCGCUGUACCGUGAGCACUGCGAAUCAUUUUUGGAUGCUGUACUCAAUCUUGAGUUUGGCACUGUCGAAUUUUUGCUUCGCGACUUCUGGCGCACCUCAGACAACAAUAAUCUGGACGAGUGCGAAGAGGAAAAGUACUUGAGCAAGACGAAGCUGUAUCUGUUGUGCCACUGCGCAGAAGUGCAAAAGUUUGUUCGCGAGGUGGACUAUCAAUUCUAUCAGAACACAGUCGACGUUAUAAUACCGGAUGUACUGCGCUCGAUACCCAACGCGCUGACUCAGGCGAUUCGCAACUUUGCCAAGAAUCUAGAGUUGUGGCUGUGUGAGAGCAUGCUGGGCGUGCCGGAACAGCUCUCACAGAUCAAGACUAGCGCAGUUUCCGCAUUUUGCCAGACGCUGCGUCGCUACACAUCGCUCAAUCAUCUGGCUCAAGCGGCACGCGCCGUGCUCCAGAAUGGUGCACAGAUAUCCCAAAUGCUCAAUGAUCUGAAUCGCGUCGACUUUCACAAUGUACAGGAACAAGCCGCCUGGGUGAGUCAAUGUGCACCAGCUGUGGUGCAGCGUCUGGAGAAUGACUUCAAGGCAGCACUGCAGCAGCAAAGCUCAUUGGAACAGUGGGCCAGUUGGCUGCAGCUGGUCGUCGAGUCCGCAAUGGAGGAGUAUACAGGGAAGCCGAGUUACGCACGUGCCGCUCGUCAGUUUCUGCUUAAGUGGAGCUUCUAUAGCUCAAUGAUCAUACGAGACUUGACACUGCGUUCUGCGUCGAGCUUCGGCAGCUUUCACCUGAUACGGCUGUUGUUCGACGAGUAUAUGUUCUAUCUGGUGGAGCACAAAAUAGCCGAAGCACAACAGAAGACAGCCAUUGCGGUUAUUUGCGAGCGCAUGAAGAAGGAAAUGGACUUUGAGUUCGAGUGCCAGUUCGCCUACAUAACUAGCGAUGGGGAACAGCAGACGGCGGCUAGCUCGGCCAGCGGUCCAGCGGCAGGGGCAGCAGGGGCAGCAGCUGCUGCAGGUACCCCCAGUGCAGGCAACGAAGCCAAGCGCCUGAAGCAGGAAUGAGUGGGUGCUGCAGAAGUGCAUCGUCCUGGCCUGACCAGCGUAUUUGUAUUUGUAGAAUUCCUGUUAACAUAAAUUAUUCGGCUAUACCUAUUCGAUGUGCACCACUCCCAUCCAAGCUCACUUCACCUCUGCAUUUAAUAGUCAUCAAGAUGUUUGUAUGUAUUUGUGUAUUGUGAGGUUGUAGCUUAAGUUCUUCUCAACUGUUAACAUAAUCAGUUAAAGUAUAUAUAUAUAUAUACAGGCACAUACAUAUGUAAGCAAAGGCAGAAACGAAAGAAUUGCCCCCGCAUUCAAGUGAAGAACCGUCCAAGCAGCAAGCAAGUCAUGCCCCUGCAGCGUUGACCUUGUCUGAUGAUCUGUUUAUGUAUUCACAGAAGAUACAUUUUAGAUUUUAAGUACAUGUGCAUUAGUAUUUGUGAACUUAGCGUCUAACUAAACUAUUAUACUUGUGUUUAGCUAUUAAGGAAAGGCGUAUUGUCACAACAGUUUUGUCUGGUUUCAAAGAAAAUUUGUACAGCAUAGCGCUCGGCGCAUACAUGCAAGACGAACAUACACACACACACACACACACCGAAACACACACAAAGUAGACGUAUAUAUUCAUGUAUACUGAUGUAGGUACGCACAGGUAAACAUCCACCAUAUGCACUAAUUGCAAAACUGUAUAGAUAAGUUAAGGAAUGAUAAGCUCAUGCUGAAACGGCUUGCUCAAUGCUUAAAAACCUAAUUUAAUUAAGUGAACAACAGGCCUUAAAUGUGCAAAUAUCAACACUCAAUUUUGAAAACGAAGAUGAAACAAUACAUUUUACUAUCUACCUACGUACGUACAUAUGUAUGUGUGUCCGCAUAACUGCACACAUUUAUUCAUAUACAUAUAAAGAUAUAUAUUUAAAGUGCAACUGAACAUUUGUAUGGUAAUUCCUGACGCAUAUACAAAGAGAUAUAUAUAUCUAUCUAUAUAUAUAUAAAUUGAUAUAUUUUGACAGAGGCACCCAACAAAGUAUUUUAUGCCAUUUUAGGUAUUUAUUGUAGCAAGAAAACCUUUUGUAAGCCAUUCAACUAGAUUAGUUCAACGCAGGAGAGCUAAAAUAAGAUGUGCAAGAAGUCUAGUCUUUAAACGAAAGCAAAUAGAGGAGAUCACAAGAACAUGUUACUUUCGGCCAGAUGCGAGUUGUAGUCGAUAUCGGCAGUCAUAAGCAACAUAUAAUACUCUCGGUAUAUAAUUCGAAAACCACUCAUGUAUAUUCAUAUUAUUCCUUUUGUGCUAAUGCCCUCUAAAAUCGAAAAUCUAUAUGUUUCCCAAUAUUGUGUUGUGUGACCUAUCUUUAAGCAGUGACAUUUAUGAUAACCCCGCGCAAUGAGAAGCUCAAUGUCAUUCAGUUUACCCACAAGCUGUAACUCUGUCCGAAUUUGUGGCUCAGCUUUUAUAGACUAAAAAUCAGGCCAGAAACCUUUUCGAUUGCUCCAUCAAGCUAAAUUUAUAAUAACGAAAUAAUAUAACAAAAUUCAUUGCUCAAUUUGCAAAUACUAGCUGAAAUCUUGAGCUUUAUUGGUUGUAAAACAUGAAACAAAAUAUAAAGAAAACAAUUGAAAUAUCA